UCUGAAGGCAGCCAUCUUGUCUCCUCAGGACAUGGCUCUGGAGGACGGAGUGUGACGCAUCGCUGGGCGUGAAGAGUCCUCAGCAUCAGGACCAGCAGCAGAAAGCGGACGGCCCACCGCAGCUACAGCCAGAUGGAGCCUAAUGUGGCUGAGAAACGCCAUCGUACCCGGUCCAAAGGAGUUCGAGCCGCGGUGGAAGCAGUGACUCAGGAGUUGUUCAGCUGUCCGACCCCUGGAUGUGACGGCAGCGGCCAUGUCAGUGGGAAGUAUGCCAGACACCGCAGUGUCUACGGCUGUCCGCUGGCCAAGAAGAAGAGGACUCUGGACAAACAGACCCAGGAACCGGCGGCGAAGAGGAGGCCCUUCAUCGCUCCCUGCCUGGGAGAGGAAGAGGAGGAAGAAGAGCAGGGGGGCGGAGCCUUCAGGAGCUAUGAAACCAUGGAGGUAGGACAGGAGAGGAAGGAGCAGGGAGAGGAAGACGAGGAAGAAGAGUUCUCCGAGGACAACGAGGAGCAUGGAGAGGAUGAAGAGGAGAGGAUGGCAUUGGAGAGUACAGACACGAGAGGAAGAGGAGAACAAGUGGAGGAAGAGGAGGAGGGGAUGGACGAAGACGAAGAUGAUGGUGACGAUGAGGAAGAGCUGGAGGAUGAAGAAGAGGAGGAGGAAGGGGAGCGGACUCUGCUUCAGGAGAACCAGUACAAACCCAGCGGACAGUCAAAGCUCCUCCCCAUCCAGAAGGACAACAACAACAACAGCUGCGCCGUCGGAAACGCCCCCAGAGAGGAGUACGAGAACUACGACGAGCUGGUGGCCAAGUCGCUGCUCAACCUCGGUAAGAUCGCAGAAGACGCUGCCUACCAGGCCAUGACUGAGUCCGAGAUGAACAGCAACUCGUCCAACAGCGCCGGGGAGGAAGACGACGACGAUGAUGAUGAUGACGGCAGCGAGCCAGACGACAGGCAGGGCGACCUGAGCGUGGACCUGGACAGCGAUGUGGUCAGAGAGACUGUGGACUCCUUGAAGCUCCUGGCUCAGGGUCACGGCGCCAUGCUGCCUGAAGACGGAUACCCAGAGAGUGCUGUGGUGAAUGAUGGGCGCGGGCCGGGGGUCAGGGGUCAAACGGAGGGAGCUGGGGAGGAGGUAUGUCUCAGCAGUCUGGAGUGUCUGAGGAACCAGUGCUUUGAUCUGGCCCGAAAACUGAGCGAGACGCCUCCGUCGGACCGACCCCUCCUGCACAGUAACUACGUUCAACAAGCAGUGGACCAGCAGGUGCUGCAACACCUGAACAGGUACGACAGCUGUCCAACCGGAGUUCAGGAAGACGCCAGGCCGCUGGAGCGCAGCUACUCUGAAAUGUUGAAUCUGAUGAAGCUGGAGGAGCAACUGAGCCCAGCAUCCAGAGGCUACAGCUGCAGCCAGGAGGGUGACGAGGACACCACCUCUGUAGCCUCAGACCGCUCUGAUGACACGUUCGACAUGGCCAAGGGAAACCUGUCGCUGCUGGAGAAGGCCAUCGCCCUGGAGUCUGAGAGGGCAAAGGUGAUGAGGGACCGGGUGGUGCCUGAGCACGCCAUGCCCCGCCGGGACCAGCACAGCCCCAGGCUGAGCAUCGCUGCUGAGGAACGCAAGUCCAGGAUGCACCCGGACGGGCUGAAGAGGGCGUGCUACCCUAAAGAUUCUUCCAGAGGAGAGAAGAAGGAGAGCAAGUGUCCGACGCCGGGCUGCGACGGCACGGGUCAUGUGACGGGUCUGUACCCGCACCACCGCAGCCUGUCCGGGUGUCCUCACAAAGACCGGGUCCCGCCUGAAAUCCUUGCCAUGUAUGAAAAUGUGUUAAAGUGUCCGACUCCUGGCUGCUCUGGACGGGGGCAUGUCAAUAGCAACAGGAACUCCCACCGCAGUCUGUCCGGCUGUCCCAUCGCUGCUGCAGAGAAGAUGGCCAAGGUCCACGAGAAAACCUUCGCUGCCGACGCCGGCGCCAAGACCAAUCAGACGUCAGACAGAGUCCUCAGGCCGAUGUGUUUCGUCAAACAGCUGGAGAUUCCUCAGUAUGGCUUCAAGAACAACGUUCCCACCAGCACGCCGCGCUCCAACCUCACAAAGGAGCUGGAGAAAUACUCCAAGACCAGCUACGACUACGGCGGCUACGACGGCCAGCAGGCCGGCUACGGCAAGAGAGGCCCCGCCUCCAAGGCCCUGCAGGGGCGGGACCUCUCUCCGAAGGGAUACGACGCGAAGCGGUACUGCAAGACAUCGAGCCCGGCCAGCAGCACCACCAGCUACGCCCCCAGCAGCAGCAGCAGCCUGAGCGGCGGCGGCGGAGGGGGGGGAAGCAGCGCCAGCAGCACCUGCAGCAAGAGCAGCUUUGACUACACCCACGACAUGGAGGCCGCCCACAUGGCCGCCACCGCCAUCCUCAACCUGUCCACCCGUUGCCGGGAGCUGCCCAACGCCCUGGGCGCGAAGCCCCACGAGCUGCUGGCCCAGAGCCUGGGGACGGAGGACGACGGGCCGGCGGAGCCGUCCGGUGCGCCCGGCGGGCCGGAGGGCGGCGGCGCGGUGCUGACCCCGCUGCAGCCCAUGUCGCCGCAGCGCCAGGCUCUGCUCAGCAGCCGCUGCUUCCAGCUGGACGCCGACUGCUGGGAGCUGCCGGUGGAUUUCACCAAGCGGCCUGGAGACGAGCCGGAGCUCAGAGAGCAGAGUGACGAUCUGGACCCGUUCCAGGAGCUGCUGGAUGAGCCGCGGUACCCGGCCGAGGUGACGGCGCCGAGCCCCAAGCACCACAAGUUCCCGCCCUGCAAGGAGGGCAAGAAGGAGCUGAUGAGUCUGUCCAGCUGCCAGAUCGCUGAUAAGAACAUUCGUGGUUUGAUGUCGUCCAACUCGCAAGAACUCAAGUGUCCCACGCCGGGCUGUGACGGAUCGGGACACAUCACGGGGAACUACGCCUCCCACAGGAGUCUCUCCGGCUGUCCUCGAGCCAAGAAGAGCGGCGUGAAAAUCCUCCACAGCAAAGAGGAGAAGGACGAGCAGGAGCCCAUCAAGUGUCCGGUCCCCGGCUGCGACGGACAGGGUCAUGUGACGGGGAAGUACGCCUCCCACCGCAGCGCAUCAGGCUGCCCCCUGGCGGCCAAGAGGCAGAAAGACAGCUACAUGAACGGCUCGCAGUUCGUCUGGAAGGCUGGGAAGACGGACGGGAUGACAUGUCCGACGCCAGGCUGCGACGGCUCCGGACACGUCAGCGGCAGCUUCCUGACCCACCGCAGUCUCUCCGGUUGUCCCCGCACCUCCUCGGCCAUGAAGAAGGCCCGGAUGAGCAGCGCGGACAUGCUGACAAUCAAACAAAGAGCGAGCAAAGGAAUAGAAAACGAUGAAGAAAUUAAACAGCUGGAUGAAGAAAUCAAAGAUCUGAACGAGUCCAACAAUCAAGUGGAGUCGGAUAUGAUCAAACUGAGGACUCAGAUCACCACCAUGGAGACCAGCCUGAAGUCCAUGGAGGAGGAGAACAAGGCCAUGGAGCAGCAGAACGACUCGCUGCUGCACGAGCUGGCCAACCUGAGCCAGUCGCUCAUCCACAGCCUGGCCAACAUCCAGCUGCCCCACAUGGAACCGAUGAACGAACAGAACUUUGACUCGUACGUCAGCACUCUGACUGACAUGUACACCCACCAGGACCGGUACCAGAGCCCGGAGAACAAGGCGCUGCUGGAGAACAUCCGCCAGGCCGUCCAGGGGAUCCAGGUCUGACCGGAGCAGGAAGCCGGUUCCGGAGGAUCUGGACCCGGUUCCGCUCCUGUUUCUAUCCUCAUCAGUGUCUGGUUCUGUUCUCUUGGUUGGUGUUGCUUUGCUUUGGACUCAGACGUAUCUCGGUCCGACCCGGUCCGAUGUGGCGUCCCGCUCAUGGCUGCUCAUCCUUCUUUAACAUUGUUUACACCAAGACAAACUGGGCUGUACUGGUCAGACUGGGAGCCUGAACGUCUGGAAUCAGACUCUGACGUUCCGGAAAUCCUUCUGAACUUCUGCUGCAGAUCCCAUCAUCCCAUUGGGCCGCCUCCUUUCAGGCUUUUAUUUUGAAAUGCAAACGGCUGCAGGAAAUGUAGGAGACAAUCUGCCACCUGACUGGACAGUGGAGACCAGUGGAGACUUCCCAGUGGAGACCAGUGGGAGGAACUGAGUGGGAAUAUGCAAUUUCUUAUGAAUCAAGGAGCAACGAGCUGAAAGCUGUUUUUACUGACGAUUGAUGUUUGUAUGAAUCUUUUCCUACAUGGUGUUUUAGAGCCGCCUCUGUUCCAUGUUUAGGUGUUUUAUUCUGAGCUUCUGUGGAUCUACAGGGUCAAAAGUCCUCCAGAACCGGUCCGAUGGAGGCUUUGGGUCAGAACCGAUGGGACAUUUCCUCAUCACACCUCAUCAUGCAUGCACUUUAUGGAAGCACGUUCCAGUAUCGCCGCGCCAUUGGUCCAGUUCAUCCCUGAAAGGAAAACUCCGCCUCUCGCCUCCUUUUAUGGUCGGUACCAGGUGAACCCUGACCUCCAGGGUCGCUGGCUGAGGUUCUGCUGCUCAGCCCGGCCGGGUCCAGGAGGAACCUAUAGCUCCACCUGAUGGGAGCCGUUUGAAACGUCACAAACUGGCAGCAACAACUUCAGGUUAUUUAGUUUUUACAGGAAAGGAAUGGACUUCAGCUUCAAAGUCACAUUUUCACCCACAUUCAGAAAUGUCGAGUAAAAACUUGUUAAAUAUUUAGCUGGAAAUUUGUUGCUAACUAAAUGUUUAGCUUCAAGCUAUAUAUUUAGCUCACGAACUAAAUACCUCAUUAACUGUUGAGUUUGAAGCUAAAUAUUUAGCUGUUAGCUAAAUGUGGCGAAAUGUUUGGUUUGAAAUUGUGAUGUUAAUAGAUGAAUAACUCGGUGAAAAUAUAAAUUUAAAAGAUAAAAACAUCUUUUUCUGCUACGACUGACUAAAUAAUCCAAAUUAUUGCUGUUCAUUUUUCCGAACGGCCGCCUUUGUUCACGGCUUUUCUGGAAGAGAACCCAGAAGUAGAUCUCAGCUCAGUUCUAUAUAAUCCGAUCGGUUUUAUGAGAAGAACAAUAAUCCAUGCUUGGGAUUUCUUGGAUGCGUUUCCAGGAUUAAACGUUUCCAGCUGAAGGGACCUCGGCUGGGAUUAUCAUUCCCGUCUCUGCCUAAAAACAGGAAGCGGUGUCAUUCCCAGUAAGCCUGGGAGUUUUCCUGAAGGAAACGGAUCUGCGGCUUCCUGCUUUGGUUUUCCUGCAGAACGGAGGAGUUAAAGCACAAUUUAAAGAUGUGAACACGCCUGAAUGAAGAACCUCACCUGAAAUAAUCUUUUUAUAUCUUUGAUUUCUUUCUUCAUGUCAGACUUCCAGAAGCUUUUUUCCUACCAGACAGCAUGACUUCCUGCUGACACCUUCAAGGUCACCAGGUUCCGUUUCUGUUGAAUUGUGGAGUUUGUACAGUUUCUAUCAUGUUGGUGUUGCCAUCUGUUGCUCUGAAUAAAUCCUGUGUUGCAACACCUGCAAA